AUGUAUACUGUAUUCAGCCCAGGAGGUAAAGAUUGCAUGGGCGUGGAAAGAAAAUCGCAGAUUGUCGCGGUAUUUGACAGCGUGGGGAAUGGCGCUAUUUUCGACGAGGACGGUGCAACAAGACUGUCCUACAAUCAGAUUGGAGGAAUUUGGACGGAUAAUCCCACGGGGAUACCGCUGAUAUGGAAAUGGGACACCGUGGAAAAGAAAUCAAUAACGAAGACCGUGCAAGUGGAAAAAUCAACAAUACGCUUGGAACAGCUUCUGCAUCCACCCACAGGGGCAAUAUUAAUUGGUACCGGAAGUGACAAAGUGCCGAAAUCGUCUGCAAGAUCGCAGGAUGGAAUAAAAACGGCCGUGAAUGAAAACUCUGAUAUUUUCAAUGAGAAGGAAAAAGAAGUGAAAUCCAAAUACGCUGAAGACACUUGCCACUUCAAAGUGAUUUGUUUGAAGUUAAACGACUAUAUCAGCUCAAGGAUUUUAAGUCGAAGGAAUAUAAGCCUUCAAUUUUUUGCCAAUGCAAAAACCAUCAGAAUAGAAUUGGGUACGAUGUUGAAUCUAAACAUGAAAGUAGCAUCCUAUUUCGUCAACUCGAAUUCUAUAGAAAACAUGCUGAAAUGCAAAUUCGAAAAUGUAUUGUCACCUCAUUUGAAGUGGGACAACAGCAGUAUGGACGAUAUAGCUAAGGAGUUUCAAAAAGUUAGACAAUCGGCCAGAGAACGAAAAUUUAUGAUGAAUAAAUACAGGCCACUCUUGCAUGUCUGGAAAAUGUCAGGAACUAGAUGUCGUCCACUGUAA